UGUGGUAUAUUUGGCCGGCAGUUUGUUGGACACGGCAUUAGCGGUUGUCAUGAUACCAUCUAAUUUACUUUCUGAAAAUUCCAAGUGCUGAAUUUGUUCGGAUUCAAUGCCUGGCGCACUGAGACUUAUCUGCAUGUGAUGACUCAUAUACUCAGCAUUAUUCAUGUGAUCGGGACCUCACACAGAGGUCCUGUACAGCGAUCGGUGUUGCACUGUGUUCGGAGGACACAGCAGGCACCGUAUUGUGGUGCCAUGGGCUCCCAGGGAGCGCGUACAGGCAGGGAAUGUGGGAGGACAUUUAUA